CUUCCCUUAACUGCUGCAAAGUUGGACGGCACAGAAUCCCUCCUCCUCCCCCCCCCCGCCCCCAUCUUGGAGCUGAACUUGAGAUCCGUGUUUGCUGUAGUUUUUCCGCAGUCAAGGCCUUUUCUCUUACCCCCUUUCAGGUUGCUCUUUACCCUUCUUCCUCUUCUUAGCUAAGGAAACGUAAAGUACAAAGAGAGAAGAGUUGCAGCCCCAUUCUCUCGCCUCCCCCGCCCGCCCCUCUUUCCGUGGCUCCGCACCUUCCCUUCCCCGCCUUCCGGGGGCAGCCCUACUGUGUUCCCUGGCUCCCGCUCCUCCCCUUCUCCUCUCCUCCCCUCCGCCCCUCUCCCGGGCUCCUUCUUUCUCGCUCCCCUCCCCUCCCCCAGACUGGCUUCCCAGCGCGCUUCCCUUCCCCCGCCUCUCGGUCCCGCACCCUCCCCUCCCCCCGCCUCCAGCCUUGUGACACAGCCCGGGUCCUCCCGGAGGCGGCGGCAGCAGCAGCAGCAGCAGCGGCAGCGGCAGCAGCAGCAGCAGCGGCCGCGGCAGUAGCCACCACCUACGCGGGCGCCGCAGCCCCCGGCUCAGCCUCCCCCCGGCCCCGCCGCCGCCGCAGUCAUGGCUGCUGACGGGGUGGACGAACGCUCGCCUCUGCUGUCAGCAUCCCACUCGGGGAAUGUCACUCCCACGGCCCCGCCGUACUUACAGGAAAGCAGCCCCAGAGGAUAAAGUAGAAGAGAACUGAAUGACUUCAGAGACAAGGUCACAAGAGGUCUUGCAGCUUUUGCCUUGGUCUCUUAUAAAACGUACCCUGAAGAAAGUAACUUGUCUUGUAAGAAUUUGAAUACACUGAGACUGCCAUGCUUUAAGGAACCCCUGACUACACAUGUGGGGAGACUACAUGGGGAGAGGGAUGCUUGACCAGCCCUCAGACAUGUGAGUGAAGAAGCCAUCUUGGAUGCCCAGCCCAGUUGAGCCUUCAGAUGACUCCAACUCAAGCCAAAUUCUUAUUGUAGCUGUAUGAUAGAUUCUAGAUGAUUACCAUCCAGCUCAAGCUGAACAAUCCACAGAAUCAUGAAAGCGGAACUCCCCCCUCCAUAUACAGCCAUCGCCAGUCCUGAUGCCACUGGUAUUCCAGUAAUUAACUGCCGCGUGUGCCAGUCUCUCAUCAACUUGGAUGGCAAGCUUCACCAGCAUGUGGUUAAGUGCACAGUUUGCAAUGAAGCUACGCCAAUCAAAAACCCCCCAACAGGGAAGAAAUAUGUUAGAUGCCCUUGUAAUUGUCUCCUCAUUUGUAAGGACACAUCUCGGCGAAUAGGAUGUCCGAGACCUAACUGUAGACGCAUAAUUAACCUUGGCCCAGUAAUGCUUAUUUCUGAAGAACAACCAGCUCAACCUGCAUUGCCAGUCCAACCAGAAGGUACAAGGGUCGUGUGUGGGCAUUGUGGAAACACAUUCCUGUGGAUGGAACUGAGGUUCAACACUCUGGCAAAAUGCCCACACUGCAAAAAAAUUUCUUCAGUGGGUAGUGCGCUCCCACGAAGACGCUGCUGUGCAUAUAUUACCAUUGGAAUGAUCUGUAUUUUCAUUGGAGUUGGAUUAACUGUUGGCACCCAAGACUUUGCAAGGCGAUUUCAUGCAACCUAUGUUUCUUGGGCAAUUGCUUAUCUCUUAGGUUUGAUCUGUCUUAUCCGAGCUUGUUACUGGGGAGCCAUAAGAGUGAGUUAUCCAGAACAUAGUUUUGCGUAAGCUCGCUUAUGAUUCAGUGAUGCAGGUGAGAGUAUCUAGCAGUUCUUGAUAAGCUACUCUGGACAUCUUUAAAUCAUGUAUCCUAAUGGAUCCCAUUCUGGUUUAUGUAUAAAGUUUCAAGACUUUACGAGUAUUUUAUGAACAAAUGCUCAUUGCACUACAUUAUAUGCAAAUAGUUUGUUUUGCUGCUAGGGUUUCAAGCUCCGAAUAAUAAAAACUGUGUCUUCAUGUUCUUUUACAUCUCUUAAAGGUAUUUUUGGAUUUGUCACCAAACAUUACACAUAACAUCACCCUUUCGUUAUUUUUAAAUCAGUUAUUCCAUUACUUGCUGAUCUGUGAGUAUUCCCAAGGAGUAUUUAUAAAUGUUUCUACAAAAGCUUCACAUUUAUACUCACGUUUUAAUUAAAAAGUGUCAAAAUUGCUUGCUUUAAAAUCUAAGCAAUAUGCAUUUUGCUUGAACUGCUUACUGUAACUUUAACCUAAGAUCAUAGUGACCUUAUUCAGGAAGAACAAUUGAGUGUACCUUCAAAGACUUGACGUUCUUGUCAGAUAAAAACCAUUUCUAGAUACUGUAUGCUUGUUUUUUGUUGUUUGUAGAAAGAUACAAUAUUUUGGUAGUAACUUAAAAUACAAGAAUGAAAAUAUUUAUUUGUCCACAGUUGGAGAUGAUGUUGGAUAAAUGUUUUUUCUCAAAGAUCACAGGAGUUUUGUCUUUCAUUUUUGUCUGCUUUUUUAUUUACUAAUUAUAAAAGUUCUGGUCUAGAUUUAUGAAACUUAAUGUUAAUCAUCUGUAUGUAUUCCUUUAUAGAUGUUGGAGGAAGUAUUUCACAUAACAUGUUUUAUAAAACUAACCAUUUAAACAAAGAUAUAUUUACACUGGGUUGCCCUCCUUUUCAUUAGAUCAUAAUAAAUUUUUCCUCUUUGGGCUAAUUAUGGACUACUUAUAUGAGAAGAGAGCCUAUGACAUUUUACACUAGCUAAAAUGUGAAGAUUAGAGGUAGUUACUCUUAUCAUUCUUUUCAAAUAUAGCUGGUCAGAUAGUUACCCAAUUUAUUCCAGAAAGUAGAUCAAAGACAAAAAGCAACAUAGUUUUCUAAGAAUUCACUAGGAUUUAAGGAAUCAGCUCUCGCACUGCCUAUCUUUGCAGUUUUGAAAAAGAAAUUGCUUAAUUGAGAAGAAAUGUUCUAACGCCUUUAAUGUAGUAGAAUUAAGAUGAUGAGAUGAUAUGAGUAAAUUAAUUGGCUAUUCAAGAGGUAAGAAUAAUAAAGUAUUUAUGUUCCUGACUAGUAUGAAAAUGUACUCAUCAGAGAAUUUGGAGCAAAAUACAUGUAAACUUAAAAGAGUAAAUGAUAAAUGUCUAAAUGCCGUAGCUCAGGAUUAUAUGUACCUUUGAAAAUACACUAAUAAAGAUUAUUGUUCAAAUACUGCCUCGUUAUAUUCCAUUUAAAAAAAAAUAAAAUGGUGGGGGGUGCUUGGGUGGGUCAGUUGUCUGUGCUGACAGCAUGAAGCUUGCUUGGGAUUCUCUCUCUCCCCCUCUCUCUUUGCCCCUCCCCUAGUCACUCAUACACUGUCUUUCUCUUUCUUUCUCUCUCUCAAAAUAAGUAAGUAAACAUUAAAAAAAAUUUAAAAAAUAAAAAUAAGAUGGUGUUUCCAAAAUAGAUUUGAGUUAUUACUCAAAGGCGUUUUCAUGUUUAAGAACAUAUAUAAUGUCGGGGUGCUUGGUUGGCUGAAUAGGUUGAGUGACCUACUUUUGAUUUCGGUUCAGGUCAUGAUCCCAGGAUCAUGGGGUUGAGCCCCACAUCAGACUCCACAUUGAGUGUGGAGCCUGCUUACGAUUCUCUCUCUUUCCUCCUCUGCCUCUCUUGCCUGCUCGUGUGCUCUCUCUCUCUCUCUAAAAUAAUAAAAAAAGGAAGAACAUUAUAUAAUGUUUCUUCAUCUAAUAUUCACUUAUAUUUUUCUAGUAUUUUCAUGGUUUCCUUUUAAAAGUAUAGAUUUAAAAUCUAUUUACAAUGCACUUGGUGUAAGGUAUGAAAUAAGAAUCUAAUUUAUUUCUUUUCUUAAUGGUUAGUUGUACCUGCAUUGUGUAUUGAGUAACCAACGCAUUCCUUUCCCACUAAUUUGAAACCCCACAUUAAAUUGUAUGCUGCAUGAUCUUUUUCCUUUUGGAAUAUAAUUCCACAAUAGGAGGAACCUUGGUGAUCUUGUUCACUGCCUUAUCUCCAGCAUUUACAAUAGUGUUUAGUGUAUUUGUGUUCAACAGAUUUGUUGUAUGGAUGAAUAAAUGAUUGAAUAAAUUAGUGUGUUAAAUUCUUAUCCCUUGGGUCUGGACUUUAUAUUUUGUUACAGAAUAUAUAGGUGAACAUUCAUAUAAUCUUCUGUUAAGUAAAAACUUUCUUAGUAAAACCCCAAAGCAGAAAUCAUACAAAAGGAUUGAUAGAUUGUAUGAUUAAAAAAAAAACAAAAACACAAAACACUUCUGUGUGAAAAAAAAGUAUAACGAAAGCCAAAAGAUAAAUUGUCUUUCUGAAUUAGUAAGAAGAGUUAAUCUUUGUAAUAUAGGAAGGGACUAAAGGCAUGAAAAAAACCUAUUCAUGAAAGAAGAAAUACAAAAAGUAAUAACACAUAAUCAAAGAAAGUGAGUUAAAACAUAGAAAUACUAUUUUUUACCUAGCAUAUUAACAAAGAAUCAAAGAAUGAUUAAUCCCUGUAAUGUUGAGGAUAGGAGGAAGCACGCACGCGCACACACACACACACACACACACACACACACCACACAGUCUUUGAUGUAGUUAUUCUGUCUCUAGGAAUUUAUCCUAAAGGUGUCCUGGAUAAAAGAACAAAUAUAUUUGUACAAUGAUGUUUAUCACAUUUGUGUUCAUACUAGGGAUUAAAAGCAAGAAGUCCUUCAAUUCAGGAAUAAGGGAUAGGUGAAAUAAGUUAUAGUACACUCAUAGUAUGAAAUAAUAAGUAGUCAUUAACAAAAUGAUGAAAUUUCUCAUCUAAUUGAAUUGGCAAUGGCUCAUAAAACAUUGUGUGACUAAGUCAGAUUACAAAUCAAUAUGGACAAUAUAAUCCACUUUUUGAAGAAAAUGAUUUUAGGUGUAUGUGUUCAAAAAACUAAGGAAAAUUAACACUAAAACAUUAACAGGGCUUAUUCCUGGGUGAUGGAAGAUAGUCCAACUUUUUAAAAGUUUCUGUGCCAGAUUAACAGUUGGAAAGUAAGUUUUGCUCUUGAUCAAUAGAUAAGAAUGCUAUGUGAUGAUCACGUUCCAUUUUCAUUUAGCCUCUUGAAGUUUUAAAAUUUAUUAAAAUCCAAACCAAUGCAUUUCAUUGAUAAAAUCUUAAAUUUUAAAGUUAACCAAUUAUAUAUUUAGGCUAAGUCCUUUAUGAACUAAAAUAAAUUUUUAAUUAAAUCACAUUUAUGAGACUCUGUACCCAGUUUUAGUCAAAGUAGAGCAUUUCUUCCAAUGCCUGGUACAGAUACGAAACACACAAAGGGCUGGGAAAAUGUUUUUUGCAAGAAUAGAUCAUAGUCACUAAUCAGAAAAGGAUUCUUUUUGUCCCCUGCCGUCCAAAGGAGUAAAAGAUGGCUUAGUUCUUCUUAGAAAAGAGGGAAACAAUGGAACCACGAUCAAUUAUUCUUGAGUAAGUCAUGUGUGAGUGUGCAUAUGUCAUUUAGAAGAUCCUAAUAAUGCUGUGUGUCAGGUACAGGGCUGGCCUCACAGCACAUGCCGUUUAACAGCCACGAGAAGCCUAGGAAGCACAUGUUCCCGUUCCUGUUUCACCAGAAGAAAUUGAGUGUCACUCUCUCGUAGAUGAGCAUUUUAAGUAGGACAGGCAUCUGCAUUCAAAACAAGCACUCCUGGGUGGUUUUGGUGUAGUUUUCCCGGAUCCUACUCUUGAAACACUGCCCUAUACCAUGCACACACAUGUUCGCAUCCACCUUCUUGGGCAUUCACAUUUCUUGUAUAGAAAAAGCUUUCGUUGGAUAUGAGUAAAUAACACCAUUUCCUUUGUUUAGCUUUUGUUUUUAGUUUUGAUUUAGCUAUACCUGUGCCUGUAUGUUAUGAAAUCAUAACCUUUUCCAUGUGCAUAGUCUCACAAAUUACUAUAAAAUGUAAAUUUGCACUUAUUUGGUAGGUUUGGUACACAUGUACACAUAUAUCUAUAUCUACGUAUGAUAUAAGCACUGACGAAAAAACCCCUAGUGUUUACUGAUCUGCCUUACAUAUAUAUUGAUACUAAAUCUCUAUGUCAUAGUUAUGACCCUACCACUGAAGAAGUUCAGAGUGGCUAAAUAAUUAAAGGUCAUUCAGCUUAUAUGUGAUGGCGCCCGCUGGAAUCAGUCUGUCUGCCUCCAAAAUUGAUCUGCUUUCCAGUACAGCAGGAGAUUUUAUUGCGCUUUGCUCUGUAGAGAGUAACUUGACUUU